AUAACACUUGAAAAGUCAAUAAUAUACAACACGAGUGCAUCCAUAUUGAGCUCAGUAUGGUAAUAAGCAACGCAAUAUGGAGAAGCUGUCCAGCGCUCCAUCCAUGCAUCCCGAGGCAACUGACAUUCCCAUAACUAUUCCACACUCCCGAUAUUCCUCUAACGGAAACAGGAGUGAAGGCAGCUGCAGUGAGAUUUGUUCCCAUAAGCAAUAUUUAUUUAGGAAGCCGCAGACAAUACCAAUUAGACGUAUACUCGUUGUUGAUUGUUGAUCCGUCAAUGAGGAGCAGAUUUUAUAUUUUCUACUAUUGAGUAUUUUUUAUUAAGUAUUGUUAGAAUGUUAUUGCGAAGGUGUAGCGUACGAAAAAUGAACAUAUUGAGACACGUGAAGGACGUCAAAUUCACUAAAAUUAAGUUAAAAGCUAGAAACAAACGAUCGUGUAAUUGUAUAUAGAAUCAAAAAUGGUAAAGUUUUAGUACAAAGUUCCAGUCAUUCAAUAAUAACGCACAAAUCAAAUGUUUUGAGCUUACGAACCAGAUAUAGUUUCCUUGACGACCUUAUUUUUUCUACAAACCGAUCUAACAGUUAUUUUUCUACAUCGAAAUUAUUUCUACAGAGCCUAACUAGAGACUUAGGACUAUGUAUGCCGCAGCUGGCGGGGCCUCCCUAGCUAGCAGACAAGCUAGACAGAAACAACGGCAAAACAAACAGAAACAAAAACUUAACAACAAAGCCACUGAUCUUGUAGCAAAAACACCACAACAAAAACAUUUUCAAAAUUACACGGACAGUGCUAUCCCAAGGCUAUCGCGCGUAGAACGAGGUGCUCUUAAGCCGCCGACUCUCGCCCAACAUGAACGUCGGCAUAGUGCCUCUAAUUACCAUCUCAAAGAACCUCCAAGACGCGGAGGGAUCAGAGAAAGUCCAUCUAUCUGCAUUCCGGUGCAGAAAGAGCUGCAACUGCCUCACACUCACUCAAACCUCAUCCACCAGCAUAACCAUCUUCCUCUCCAAUCGACUCCCUCACUCCAAAGUCAACUUCCUCAAAUCACUAUACCUGAAGGAGAUGGAAAACUGGAGAGAAGAUGCAGCUUUGUCAGGCAGGUGGAAGAGAUGGAGAAAGGCCAGGAGCAGGGAAUUCUGGAUAAGUGCAACCAUAUUUGCAACUUUGAGAUCAAGAAGGAAGCGUGGGAGGGAUCGAAUUUUUACACGGAAUACGAGAAGGAUUUUUUUGGGAGUUUGGAUUAUCCUUUUUCCGAGAUUUACAAAGUAGAGCUCUGGAUAUUUUAGAAUGGAGAGACUUAAUCUAAUCCAGAGAACCAAAGUCGUAAAAUUUUAC